CUGCAGACGCAGGUGCAGGCGGACAUGAAGGUGAACACAGCCCAGUUCAUGGCGCUCUAUGCCUGGUAUUCCUGGCCCAACGUGAUUCUCUGUUUCUUUGGAGGCUUCCUGAUAGACAGAGUGUUUGGGAUACGGUUGGGCACAAUUAUAUUUAGUAUCUUUGUCUGUGUUGGGCAGGUGAUUUUUGCUUUGGGAGCACUGUUUAAUGCUUUUUGGCUGAUGGAAGCAGGCAGAUUUGUGUUUGGAAUAGGUGGAGAGUCCUUAGCAGUGGCACAAAACACCUAUGCAGUCAGUUGGUUUAAAGGCAAGGAGUUAAAUCUUGUGUUUGGAUUACAGCUAAGCAUGGCCAGAAUUGGGAGCACAGUGAACAUGAAUAUCAUGGGAUGGAUAUACUCUAGAGUUCGAGAUCUUCUGGGGUAUACUGGUCACAGUACUCUUGGGUUAACUCUCAUGAUAGGUGGCGUAACGUGUCUCUUUUCCCUGGCUUGUGCGUUGAUCCUUGCUUAUCUGGACAAGAGAGCAGAGAAGCUCCUUUGUAAAGAGCAAGGAAAAACCGGUGAAGUGAUUAAGCUAACUGAUGUGAAGGACUUCUCUUUGUCCUUGUGGCUCAUAUUCGUAAUCUGUGUCUGUUAUUAUGCAGCUGUCUUUCCUUUCAUUGGACUUGGAAAGGUUUUCUUCAUUGAGAAAUUCAAAUUCUCAUCUCAAGAAGCAAGUGCAAUUAACAGUAUUGUAUAUAUCAUAUCGGCACCCAUGUCCCCUGUCUUUGGACUCCUGGUGGAUAAACUUGGAAAGAAUAUCGUCUGGGUUUUAUGUGCUGUAGUAACUACACUUGCUUCUCACAUCAUGCUGGCUUUUACGUUCUGGAACCCCUGGAUAGCAAUGUGUUUACUAGGAGUGGCUUACUCGCUGCUUGCCUGUGCCCUGUGGCCCAUGGUGGCCUUUGUAGUUCCAGAACAUCAGCUGGGAACUGCUUAUGGCUUUAUGCAGUCUAUCCAGAACCUGGGCCUGGCGAUUAUUGCUAUAGCAGCUGGUAUGAUACUGGACACAAGAGGAUAUCUGUUUCUUGAAGUGUUCUUCAGUGCUUGCGUUUGCUUAUCUCUAAUAGCUGUAGUCAUGCUGUAUUUUGUGAAUCACCUAACAGGAGGUGAUCUUAACUGGUCUGCGAAGAAAAGGGAAAAACUGCAAAAAGUAGCUGCAACUGAAGCAGAAGAACAAGAGAGACUCAGACGCCAAAAUGAAGAUGACUUGGCUAAAUUACAGCCAAAAGCUGAUGACUUUAGUUUAAGGAAUAGAUACCUCUCCAAACUAGGCACUCAGCUACCAGAUAAUUAUUCUUCCUACUUAUCGACAAUGGCACAUAGAAGCAUGCUGAAAUAGCAUCUUGUCCCACUUGCAAAUGCAGAAGUAAUUGAAGUUCCUGUACACAAAACUCUGUUUCUGGUACUGAGAACUAAUACAGCGAAAGCAGAGUGAUGCAUCACACUUCUGCAACUGUAGAUCCUAUUUUUAAAAUACUCGGCUUAAACUCCUCUCUUCCCCCUGGGUAAAUAACAAAGAUAUCCAUGAAGAAUCAUCUGGCUCUUUAUGUGAACCCAGGAGCUACAUGUUACACCAUACUGUCUAAAAUAGCUAAGACUUGACCUCUUCUUACUACACAACAAUGUCUGAAAUAUGAAAGCCUUGCUAUGGUAAUCAGCUUGCUGUGAAAUGAGUCUUGAUGUGGACGUGAAGUUAUUGAGAUUCUUAAGCUGGACAACUUUGUUACCAAGUUGCAGAUGGUCUGUUUCAUUUUUUUAUAGAAAAAGGUGGGAGAAUAAGUUUGUUUUAUUAUGAUCAAAACAAAUAUUUUGGAGGAAACUAGUUUAUGAUUUUAAUGUUCCUAUUUAAAAAGUGCUGGCCCUGGAAUUUAGUAUUGGAUCGUAGCCUUGGCUGUAAACUCAUGUGAGUCCUGAUUAAUGUGAAAAUUGGUAAAUCUUUAAAAGAUUGUGACUGCCAACUAUGGAAAGGUUGUAUGAAGAACUGAAGUUCUGCAUUCAGUGGAAAAACGUUUAACUUCAUGAAGUGCUUUUGCAUAACUUCUGUGGAAGGCUUGUUCCUGAGUAGAACUAGGUCCUAGCAGCUCCUGUGGAGUCCCACAUUUUUUUUCUUUUUUAAACUAUACAAGCCUGAUUAUGGAAUCAGACACUUUGAUUUUUUCUGUAAAAGGCAGGAGCAUCUGGCUUUGAGCACUAGUUGCACCAAAGGAAAAGCUGCUGUACAAGCAGAGGCUGCAGUGUACAGUAGUGAGUGAGCUUGUCUCUGCUCACUUCAGGAGUCCUUGCAUGCCACCAAAUGCUUAAGAGCUGCUGAUUGGCCUUUGACCAACUGCUUGAACACAGAGGAAGACAGCAGUUUAUUACAAUAAAAAUGUCACCUUAUAGCUAUGUAGUAUUUGCUUACAGUAAUUUGAGGAGACCUUCUGGAACUCAUGUUUUUAUAGUUUUUUAUAUUUUUUCAAUGGAGAUUGCUUUCAUGUUGUAUCAUCUUCCUGAAAGACUAAGCCAGGACUAUUCUGUUGGUGAUAAUCCUGUGUUCUGAAGAAUGAUCUAGGAGAAUAAAAUAGCAGAUUCUGAGCUUUGUGCUAACUGCUGAAGGGGAGUACCUUGAGCUGUGAUGACUUACUGGUGCUUUCUGUGCUACCUUUGAGAACCAAACACUGUCACCAGUGAGAAUGAACGAUGCAAAACUGCUUAAUUUGCUUCUAGACUUGUGAGUUCUGGGUGUGUGUUUGUUUGUUUUUUAAAUAAAAACUUCAAAUGGA